AUCGGUCACUCUUACUUUCUUACAUCUCCUCUAAGUUACCACACAAAGCUCUUUCUGAGCCAAAAAAAAACUACUGGAUCGCCACCAUGACUCUCGCCGAGGAGUUCCGCACUAGAAACUUCAGUAUUUACGGUCAAUGGACCGGUGUUGUGUGCAUCAUCCUAUGCCUGGCUCUCGGCAUCGCCAAUAUCUUCAGUUUCAAUGCGGUGAUCAUCAUCUUCAGCGUCCUGUGUCUUAUUUCCGCCUUCAUUCUCAUCUUCACCGAAGUACCCUUCCUGCUCCGAAUCUGCCCGACCUCGCCGAAGUUCGAUGAAUUCAUCCGCAAGUUUACAACCAACUGGAUGCGUGCUGGUAUGUACGCUGUUAUGAGUGUGGUGCAAUUUCUCAGUCUGCUCAAGGAUGCCACCAGCUUGAUUGCUGCGGCUGUUGUUCUCCUGAUUGCGGCCAUUUUCUACGCGCUGGCGGCCGUGAAGAGCCAAGAGUUUGUCAGCAGUAAGACACUGGGUGGCCAAGGACUCGCGCAGAUGAUUGUGUAGAGGCCGUAGGCUUUUGCGCAAAAAGGAGAAAACAACUUAUACAAUGUGAGCAAUCUCCCGAGGUCAACGACAAGCUGAUUCUAACGAGUGACUUCAUUUAGUCAGAAAGUCAAAUCAUGGAAUGCAAGGCUUAAUGGGGCUGGAGUUGAGUGUGAUGCGGUGAUGAGCCGAUAUCGCGUUCGUGCUGCGACGGAG